UUCCUACUCCAAAAUCUUCAAACCUUCAAACCUUCAACCGUCAACCCUUCCACCCUCAAAAUUGAACCUUUUGAGUUUGAAGUCGAUCUGUAUUGAGAUCGUCCACACAAACACCCUUUCCAAUACUUGGUUUUCUCGAAUAACUCCUCAACCCAUUCGAAAAGGAUCACAAUAGUCAAAGUUUUCAUCAUGACAGAUCAUUCACAACAACAAUCCGCCAUUUCCAAUUCUUCCUACUAUAGCACGGCAACUACCAAGCCAGUCCCUACACCUGCAUCAGUUUCCAGUGCUCCACCAGGAUGGCUCUACAAGCGCACCCGCAUUGGCAAAUAUCGUCUUCCCUAUUACGCGUCGCCACAAGUUCAAUUGGUCUUGGUCGCACUUGUAUGCUUCCUCUGUGUUGGCAUGUAUAAUGCGCUCAGUGGUCUUGGUGGUGGUGGUCAAAUUUCUGCAAAGCCAGCUGAUAAUGCGAACUCAGCUCUCUAUUCCACUUUCUCGGUCGUCGGUUUCUUUGCAGGUACUUUCGCAAAUCGUCUCGGAAUUAGACUCACUUUGAGUUUGGGUGGAUUGGGUUAUUGUGUCUAUGCUUCAAGCUAUCUAUGCUAUAGUCAUACCCAAAAUACUGGUUAUGUUAUCUUCGCAGGUGCAUUACUCGGUGUUUGUGCUGGUCUUCUCUGGACAGCUCAAGGUGCUAUCAUGAUGUCUUAUCCACCGGAAGAAUCGAAAGGAAAGUAUAUCUCAUGGUUCUGGUCAAUCUUCAAUCUUGGAGGUGUCUUUGGUGCUUUGAUCCCUCUUGCCUUGAACAUCAAAGACACUUCAAAUCAUGUUGUUAGCGACGGUACAUACAUUGGUUUCAUAAUUCUCAUGUUCAUUGGAGCACUCAGCGCGUUAUGUCUAUGCGAUGCGCAUAAAGUUCGACGUGCUGAUGGAUCUCAUGUCAUUCUGAUGAAGAAUCCAACUUGGAACACAGAAAUCUGGGGACUUUGGUACACUCUUAGGAAUAACGUCUAUGUCUUCCUCCUGUUUCCAAUGUUCUUUGCCUCCAAUUGGUUCUACACAUAUCAAUUCAAUGGUGUCAACGGCGCACAUUUCAAUACACGAACUCGAGCCCUUAACAAUAUUUUAUAUUGGUUCGCACAAAUCAUUGGUGCUUUCUUAUCUGGUUACGCCUUGGAUAUUCAAAGAUUCAAGAGAACCACUCGAGCUAGAGCUGGCUUGAUUGUAUUGAUCAUCCUGACUGCCGCUAUUUGGGGUGCAGGUUAUGGUUUUCAAUCUAGUGUUCCUGAUCGUGAUGUUACUGGUAAACUUGAUUACGAAGGCAAAAUGGAUUGGACAAGUGAAGGUUACGCUGAAGAAUUGGUGUUGUAUAUCGCCUAUGGAUUCUAUGAUGCUGUCUGGCAAUUGUCUGUAUACUGGUUCAUGGGUGCACUUUCCAAUUCUGGUAGAAAGACAGCAAACUUCGCUGGUUUCUAUAAGGGUAUUCAAUCAGCUGGUGCUGCCAUUGCUUGGCGUAUUGACGCAAUGGAUUAUCCAUACCUUACUCAAUUCGCCAUUACAUGGAGUCUUCUUGCUGGUUCUCUUGUAGUAGCAGCACCUGUUAUCUUCUUGAACAUCAAAGAAGCUACAUCAAUUGAUGAUGAUAUUCUCGAUACUGAUCUUAACUAUGCAGACAUUAUCCCUCAAGCUAUUCUUCUUGAUGAAGAUAAGAAUUAUCAUGGUGGUCAUAGCAGUUCAACAGACACACGUCGUCCGUUUAAUCCAACUAGGGAUGAUAUGGAACUUCCUCAUCUUCGACAUGAGAAGAAUACCGAAGAUAUGGUUUAAAUCUGUCAAAAGAUCCAAGAUUUACGAUGGUGAUGAUUAUUUGCGGAUGGAAGGAUGGAGAGAUUGAAGGUUAAACCUCAAUUUCGUUUUUACUUCUCGUCACAACACCUUUUAUGAGCCACUGAUUGUACAUGAGUACCGAGUAUUUGCUUGAGACAAUAUUUUCGAUUUUGAUUUCGGUGCAGACGUUUCUCGUUUUUCUGAUAUUUUACAACGCAACAAAACGACAUAUGGUUCGAUGGUUCGGGAAUUUGCUUUUUUCAUGUUUAUGGUUGUGAUGAAUGGAUGUGGGAUGAGAGUUCUUGAAAAAAAAGCAAAUUGCGAAUGAAGGAUCAAUGUUAUAUCGGAAAGGAUGGUUGAGAUUUUCGCGAUUGAAAAAUGGAUUGUAUGAAUGGGGUGGUGGUUCUAUGGCAUGGCUAGGAUUCAAAGCAUAUACUUGUGGUAAUGAUUCUUCGGAUGGAAUUCAAAACUUGAUGUGGAUGCUUUAUCCUUUUUAACUUUAGAAGUACCACGGAUGGAUUUGAUUGAAAUUCUUGAGUUUCGAACUUCUUUUAGAUACUUGAUGUAUGAUGCUUGAUGUUUGCUGCUUCAUAUAAUUGGCUUAUUAGAGCAUUGGAUUGUUGCAAUUGAGCUGAUACUCUGGGUUGUGGUUGUGGCGGAGUAGUUUGUUAAUUUAUGCG